GGUGUGCUUGUCUCUGUCCUGUGACCUUUGUUUCUGUUGACUUUCUGCUCUCGUGUGAUUCCUUCCCGAUCUCUCGUAUUAGGGAAAGUCGCACGUCCGGGUCUUCCUGCACCUCUAACUAGGAUGGGUUUAUAGGCGCAGAUACUUGGCGCCAAGAUCUGGCGCUCCCCCAGACUGUCCGAGCAGGACCUCCAUGGACAAUCUCCGUAUUGCGUUGGAGAGAUGGUCCUGACACCUACUGGACGAGGAACUUGGGAAGUACACAACUUGAGACCUCUAAUUACUGCUACAAGAAUAGAGUAGAGAGUGAGACUGCUGCCUCGUAGACUGCUGUCUGGAACUUACAAUCUGGUGAUUUGGAGACAGGUGUUCGUCUCUACGCAUAGUAGAUUGGUGACCGGUUGACCCAGCGAUGGUUUUGCUUUACCAGAACCAGCAUUACGGGCGUAUAAAAGACCAAUGUCGAUGUCAGGGUCGUCUGUUUGAAGACCCCGCUUUCCCAGCAAGCGACCACUCUCUUUACUACAGCCAUAGUCCUGCAAGGGCUGUGCAGUGGAAACGUCCCCAGGAGUUGGUCAACGCGCCCUGUUUGUUUACAGAGAGGGGUAUCAGCCCCCACGACCUUCAACAGGGCAGUUUGGGUAACUGCUGGUUUGUUGCUGCUGCUUCAUGCCUGGCUGGAGACCCCUCGGUAUGGCAGAAGGUUAUACCCUCCCCCGAGGAGCAGGACUGGCCCCGAUCUGGUGGUUCUUCUCACGCUGGAAUCUUUCGGUUUCGAUUUUGGCGAUUUGGUCGCUGGAUCGAAAUCGUGAUCGACGAUCGCUUGCCGACGACUGAUGGGGAACUUCUCUUCUGUCGACCAGGAAGAAAGGGUGGUGCCUUCUGGUGUCCCCUGUUGGAGAAGGCAUAUGCCAAACUAAGUGGUAGUUAUGAAGCUUUGGAUGGUGGGAGCACAGCAGAGGCCCUGGUCGAUUUCACCGGCGGAAUCUCUGAGCCGAUUAAUCUCUUGGAACAGAACAUAACAUCUGAUCCGGAAAAGAAGAAGACGUUGUUCAAGGACCUGAUGAAGGCCUACACUAGGGCUUCCCUCAUCAGCGCCUCAAUACGGCCUGCGUCUGGUCAGUCUCUAGAAGAGGUCCUCUCCUCUGGGCUGGUAAUAGGACACGCGUAUAGCAUUACCGCUGUACGGAGCAUCACUCUGAGGUCUGGGCUCAUGUCCCUUUUCCGGACCCGCAAACUACAUCUCAUUCGCUUGCAGAACCCAUGGGGAAGCGGGGAGUGGAACGGGGCCUGGAGUGAUGGGUCCGAGGAAUGGAAGAAAAUCAGCCGGAGAGAGAGAGUAAAGAUGGGCGUCACUUUGAGUGAUGAUGGAGAAUUUUGGAUGAGUUGGGACGACUUCUGCUCUCACUUCACUGACCUCACUAUGUGCCGCCGAGUGAACACUCACUUUCUGAGCUGCCACAAAACAUGGACAGAGGAGUCGGCUAAGUCUGCCUGGAAACAAGAUCCAGAUCCAUUUAAGGACAGAAGUGGAGGCUGCCCAAAUUAUAAGGAGACCUACCUGCACAACCCACAGUUUGCCUUUGAUGUGACGUUGAAUCAGGACUGCGCUCUGAUCUCCCUGGAGCAGGAGGAUCGCAGAACCCAGCGCAAUACCGGAGAAGGGGGCAAUCUCCCCAUCGGGUUCUUCGUCUUUAAGGUAGAGGUAAACCGCAAAUACCGGCUACACAACAUCGCCAGCAGAGUAUCAUCUUCUACCUACAUCAAUUCCCGCAGCGUCUUCCUGCGAACUGAGCUACAGAAAGGACGCUACGUCAUAUUACCCACCACUUUUAGUCCGGGUCAGACUGGCAAGUUUCUCCUACGAUUGUACACGGACCAAGCCAGCCAUCUUAGGGAGCUCACGCGAGAUGUCCCCGAGUCCUCCUGCCUGUCCUUCUGUCUCGGCUCUCCUCGGAUUGUCACCUCAAUCACUGUACAUGCCGCCUCAGGACUUUCCCAGCCAGGGAGUAACCAGGUUCCAUCGGUUUAUGCAACUAUCCACUGUGAGGGAGAGAAGAUCACUUCUAGGACCGUAAAAGAUUCCAACCCAGAAUUUGACCUGAAAGGCGUCUUCUAUCGCAGACAGGAACGUAAACCUCUAGUUGUACAGGUUUGGCUGUCUAAGUGCUUAAGGGACACACUUCUGGGCCGUGUAUCUGUCCCGUGUCCCGUGGGGGAGUCAAAUCAAACAUCUGUCUUGAGGCUACAGAAGAAGGAAGGGACAGCGGCUGGAUACAUCAUGAUAGAGGCGUCCACCAGCUCAGACUUGACCACGCUGUAGCUGCCCACAGCAGGGCAUCUCAAAACCCAUAACACUUUAUCCUUCCAUCUGUCAUCUUCCUCCUCUUCCAUUUCCCAGUUUCCCAUUAACCACACGGCAUGGAAUUAUCAAUUCAUCAUAGAACGUUACGGUUGCUGCUCUCAUGCAUAAAGUUAAUGAGACUUUUCUCCUACUACAUUUAUUAAAACAUGAAAUGUUAGAAGACAA